AUGGUAGAUUUAGUAACUCGACCACUCGUUCGUCAAGAGAUUUCAUUUAUUCCUACAACCCAAUUAAGAGAUUCAACCUAUGGUGGAAUCAUCGCAGAAUUAGUGUUUACUUCGUACUUCGCAGCUUCAAAUUAUGAUGAAAAACCAUUUUUUAUUUAUGAACCAAUACCAAUUCCGUUUAACCAUGCCCAUAAACGUGUUAGACUUGCUCAAAUGCCAGCAUACAUAGAAAUUCAUCCAGAUUCUCGUCAGUUUGUUCGAUGGUCCCGAGAAGAAGCAGAAUCUUGUUGUUUUGAAGUGAUGAUAUCAUGCCGUAUAACACCAGCUAUCCAAAAAGAUCUUUAG